CUUUAUAAACAACAAGUAGACUAUUUCCGAGCAGUUGAUUUUGAGUUUGAAGGGGAUGCAUCCUUGUUGAACAAUACUUCGGAUACCACCUCAAGAAUCAUUGAGUUUGUAACUUCACCAAACAAUCCAGAUUGUCAAUUGAGGAAGGCUGUUCUUAAUGGUCCAUCUGUGAGAACCAUUCAUGAUCACGCCUAUUAUUGGCCACAUUAUUCUGCAAUUCCAGCUCCAGCAGAUGAAGAUCUCAUGAUUUUUACAAUUUCUAAGCUCACUGGCCAUGCUGGAACUAGAUUUGGGUGGGCAUUGGUAAAGGAUGAGGCUGUGUACCAAAGAAUGCUGGAAUAUAUAUCCAUGUCCGAAUUGGUAACCUCUAAGGAUACACAGCUAAGAGCGUUACAGCUUCUGAAAGUAGUCCUGGAAGGAGAUGCAAGGCAAAUAUUUGAUUUUGCAUUCCAUAGAAUGAGAGACCGCUGGGAAAAAUUGAGCAAGACCUUAUCGACGUCAAAACGUUUUUCCCUACAAGUAAUUGCACCACAGUACUGCACUUUUUAUCAGAAAGUCAGAGGACCCUCUCCAGCUUAUGCCUGGUUGAAAUGUGAGAGGGAAGAAGACGGAGAUUGUACUGUUGUUCUGCGAUCAGCAAAUAUCAUUGGUCGUGAGGGUACCAUGUUCAACACUGGGAGUCGCUAUGUACGUCUCAGCCUCCUCAAGAGGGAUGAUGACUUCAAUUUUUUGCUGAACAUGAUCAAGAAGUUAGUCUCGGAGGAAUAUCGUGCUGAAAAUAUGGGAAGAUUACAAUCAAUCAUUGGUUGA